CUGUAAAAUUACUCAUUCUGCUAUAAAAAUAAAGGAAAAUUGAUAAAAAUUGAAAAAUUAAUUUUCUAGCUUAAAAGUACUGUGCAAUCAACCAAAUUGUGAUUAGAUAAAAAUUCAGAAAUGUCCAAAAACACAUCAAGUUCGGCAUUUAGAAAGAUUGACGUUGACCAGUACAAUGAAGACAACUUUAAGGAUGACGAGCAAGAGAAUCAGCAGUUGGGAGGCAUUGAUGAAAACGAAAUCAAUCAACUGCUAGCAACGCAAAAGAAUUGUGAUGCACUUAAAAUUUGCUUGGAAAACGCCCCAUUAUUCAGUAAGAAUCAGCAAGCAAAGGAACAAGCCCUUCAAAUCACUUUGCGUGUUCUCUUGUCUAUUAAACCAUCACAAAUUGAUAGUGCAUUAGAGAUUCUUGAUGCUGAACUUAUUGAUACAUUAAUGAAGUACAUUUAUCGAGGCUUUGAAUUCCCACAAGACGGAUCCAGUGGACAUUUACUUCAAUGGCAUGAGAAGGUCUUUGCAAGAGCUGGUGUUGGUUCCAUUGUUAGAGUAUUAUCGGACACAGCAAGAGCAUAAACGGUACUGUUCAUUUAUUUUUAUAUCCUUGACUUUGUAAGUUUCUGUAUCUUAUCCCAUUGAAUUUAUGCUGAAUAUAAUGAACAAAUAUCCAUUUAAAUAAAGUAUUAAAAUCACUUUUCCUUUAU